UUGUUUUCGUUUUUUCCGCAGGUUUUAUUCGUUUCAUUUUAUCAUAUCCUUGCAAACAUUUCUUCGCGUUGAGCUACUUUGAUCGUGUGCCUAUUUUGAAGUGAGUUGGCCGUUUGAUCUUUUUCGGCAAUUUUGAUGGGUUUUGGUGCGGGUUGAGAAAUGCAGCAACACGACUAUUGUCUUACGGUGGACCAGGAAUCGCGGCAGGAUGUCCUGGGUACAAUUGAUGAUGCAAACUAUGCCUGGGCACUGGGAAAUAGUUCAGGACAGUGUGGGGACAGUCCUGAGCAAACCAGCGGAGUCGCCAGCUCAGACGGCUCGUGCAGCGACGGUUCGAACUCUUCGUAUUCCUAUACAACGUGCAACUCUCCGCCUGGACGCAUUCGUCCCGCCAAUAAUUUUAUGGCUGCAGGUAAAGGGUCUGCCAGACGGGCGAAAAAGAAGAUGGUCAUGAUUGCGAAUCCCCUGUCGGAAAGCUACGUUUCGAAAAGCAAGUUUACUAAUGCCGAGCUGCGGAUCAUCAACCAGCCCGAGUCCCAACACCGGGCUCGCUAUUUAACCGAGGGCAGCCGCGGUGCUGUCAAGGAUAGGAAAGGAGAUGGAUUCCCAGUUGUCCAGCUUCGUGGAUAUUCAAAGCCGACCACUCUUCAAGUUUUUAUCGGCACAGAUCAGGGAAAAGUUGGGCCACACAUGUUCUAUCAAGCUUGUCGAGUAGCUGGAAAGAACUCUACGCCGUGUGGAGAAACCAAAAUAGGAGGAACCGUUGUAUUGGAGCUGACCAUGGAACCAAGCAAGGAAAUGACAGUUUCUUGCGACUGUGUUGGUAUAUUGAAAGAAAGGAACGUGGAUGUCGAACAGCGUUUUCCUGACCAAGCGAGCACGUCGACAAAGAAGCGUUCAACCAAAUGCAGACUCGUUUUUAGAGCGAAGCUGGAGCACAGUGGCGGAUUCAGCGAAAUCCUCCAGACUGUUUCUCAGCCCAUUAGUUGCACUCAACCACCGGGCGUGCCUGAAAUCUUGAAGAAAUCGCUUUCGAGUUGCUCAAUGGAAGGCGGCGUUGAGUUAAUAAUACUGGGAAAGAAUUUUUCCAAAGAGGCAAAAGUUAUAUUUAAAACUCCUGGUCCUGAAGAUGAUGAUUCUUGGGAAGUGGAAGUGUCCCCGCAGAAAGAAUUUCUCCACCAGUUGCAUUUGCUGUGCAUCGUUCCGCCGUUUAAAGACCUUGAUCUGAAGAAAAAAGUGGAGGUCGAGCUUACGAUCAAAUGUGGAGGACAGUCAUCUGACCCGCAUCCGUUUUACUUUACCCCAGUAUUACCAUCAUUGGAAUCGUUGAAAGAUUCUCUGCCAGAUGAAAUCAUCGUAGGGGUGACGCAUCAAACAUCAGUGGAUGACAUUUCUAACCAUUGGGAUUCCGAGAUGAAACCCUUGAUGUGCGUGAACCGGGUCUACGAAAACGACUCACCGAGGGAAGACAUUUCAGUGCAUUUGGAAGGUGAUCAGAAAUUUUUCUUGACUGACGUUGGAACAGCAAAUCACUUGAUGCACGAUCCAGAGCAGGGAUGUUUCCACGAGAACGGGAAUGCCAUUUCGAUGCAGCUGCAAGAAUGCUCAUUCACGCAGUUCCCAGCGGGCCAAAGACCAGAAGGUGAACUCAUGGAGGUGGUUUCUCUGGUUCAGCCGACUGCCGUACCUUCUGAAUCAAUCGUGGAGCUGAGCUCGGGUUGCCAAUCCUCUGCCCCGCUGUGCCACAUCGAGUACAUCUCGCCGCAACUGACUUUGACAGAGAAUAACGACCUUGAUGAGCAAAUGUGCGGCAUGAUCUCGGAGCAGCCCGUGGCCCUGGGCAGUGUUCGCCGUUUUAGCGACGCGUCCUCUUCGACACCCUGUCACAAGGUUAUUUUGUUGUCCUCUGACACUGUGCACGUGCCUCCUGUGUUCAUGACUGCUGGAGAUGCCCCAGUCGCGGUGCCUUCUCAAUUGGAUAUUCUGAAGGAUGCCGAGCAGUUGUUUACGGAGCUGGCUGGGCAUAGUGGGGAAAAUGGAAAGGACGAGUUGCCUAUGUUGCUGGCUUCCGAGGUGCAAUUCCAUGCGCCCACGAAGUGCGACGCCGUCUGCAAUCCGGGAACGGGAGUACAAACGGGAAACGAAAUUUUUCGAACGGGACGUUUGUUCCGUGCUCUUUUCGCGCGCUUGAGUGAGUUCAUCAUGCCGCCGAAGAUCGAUCCAACUGAAGUAAAAAUCGUGUACCUUCGAGCUACCGGAGGCGAAGUUGGUGCCACGGCAACGUUAGCCCCGAAAAUCGGUCCCUUGGGUCUGUCGCCGAAGAAGGUUGGUGAAGAUAUUGCGAAGGCAACCCAGGAAUGGAAGGGUCUCCGCAUCACGGUGAAGUUGACGAUUCAGAAUCGUCAAGCAGCAGUUUCAAUUGUACCGUCAGCGUCUUCUUUAAUCUUGCGAGCUUUGAAAGAGCCGCCAAGGGACAGGAAGAAGGUCAAGAACAUUAAGCACAGUGGCAACUUGAAUCUUGAUGACAUCAUUGCGAUUGCCCGAGAAAUGCGGUCCCGGAGCAUGGCGCGCAAGUUAUCUGGAACUUGCAAGGAAAUUCUAGGCACUUGUCAGUCUGUGGGAUGCACCAUCGAAGGGAAGCCGCCUCAUGACGUGAUCGAUGAGAUCAACGCUGGUGAACUCGACAUCCCAGAAGAAUGAGUUACGCGGAUGUUUGUUCAGAGUUGGAAGAUGAAGUUUCCGUCGCGUUGAACACA